AAAUGCAUUGUAGCUGAAAAAAAAAAGAGAGAAGCAAAUAAAAACUGUCAAAAGUGCAACAGUUUUACAUAGAUAUUAUAUGAAUUAAAAUUCAUUUUGUGUGCCGCAGUCAGCGCCGCAGCAUGCGGCAUGCUUUAAAAUAGCAACAAGCCAAAAUAAAAAGGAAGAAAAUAAGAAAAUAGAGAAUGAAAACAACGAGACAAAAUGUGUAAAUAAAAACGCACAUGAAUCUAAACAUUUUACGGUGAAAGGCAAACACACCACCAACACUACACACACACACACACACACACACACACACGUACACAUACGCGCGCACACCUACAACAAGAACUAUCAAACAUCAACAACAGGCACAGCCGCUGCGGCAGCGACGCAACGUUUAUCAUACAGCGACGUCGACUGCGCUACGUAAUCAGACGAGGGGGGCAACACAUGAAGAGGAAGAGCAACAGCCGCGUGUAAAGCAACGGCAACGGCAACGGCGACGGCGACGUCGACGUCAGACAAACGUCUACAGUUUGUCUGUCUCUCGUUUCUGGUCCGCAGCGCAGGUCCUGCGUCUGCAGAGAGCGGCGCACAAGACAAACCGUUAAACUGCCUGACUGACUGACAGACUGACUGAUUGACUGACUGCCCGAUUGACUGACUGUCACAGUGCACUCUACUGUCUCGCUCGCACACACACAACCUGCGUGAUUCCCGUUAAACAGUUACCAAAGUGCUUUUUAACAAAUGCUGCAGAAAGCUAAUUGAAAGCCCCGCCCGCUCCACCCGCAACCCGCGCAACGCAUAAGAAGGGGAAAAAGUUUACAGUGUUUAAUCUAUAAUCCGGCCCACGAAUCCCCCCCCCAAACCCAUACAAAAGUAUGCAAGAAUUAUAGUGCAAAGUGUGCUAAAAAGAAAGAAAGAAAGAAGGAAAGAGAAACAACAGAAAAGAAAGCAAAGAAAUUGUUUUAUUUUUUAUCAAGAAUCUUUAACUUUGUAAAUGGAUAACGAUUUAUAUGGAUUAGUAGCUGAUUUGGCGUAUUUUAUAGAUGCUAACGCAUCUAAGUGUUGAAGACGCCAGCGGGAAACGCCAUGAAAAUGUAUUUCGUGCGCAAGCAAGUGCGUAAAAAAUACUAGAAAAAUACCAACAAAAAUACCAACAAGUAAAAGGGUGUGUUGAAAUAAGCUCCAAGCAGAAAUCUUUAAGCAAAUCCAAUUUUUGGCUUGCACAAAGCUAAGCUAAAUUUAAGUCGGGACUAAGCUAAGUGUCCCGCGUAACCAAAAAAUAAAAUAUAUAUAUAUCAAAUAGGCCAAAGUUUUGAUAUUAAAACGGCAGCACAACGGCGACCAUCGGCUACCAAAUGAUGAAACGACGCUGGUCGAACAAUGGCGGCUUCCUGCGCAUACAGGAGGAAUCCUCCUCGGAGGUGACCUCCUCGAGCAACGGCUUGGUGCUGUCAUCGGGCAUAAAUAUGUCGCCCUCGUCGCUGGACUCGCACGACUAUGGCGAACAGGAGCUCUGGCUGUGUGGCAACGAUGCCAGCGUCUAUGGCGGCAGCAGCAACGGGGUCAAUGGCAACACAUUGGGGCAUGGCAAUGCUGCACAGCAGCAGGGCGUCAUAACGCUUGCCAUGCACGGCUGUUCCAGCACUCUGCCCGCCCAGACCACCAUUAUACCCAUCAACAACAACAACAACAAUAACAACAACAACAACAACAAUAAUAAUAAUAAUAAUAACAAUAACAAUGGCUAUGUGCCGGGUGCCACAAAUCUGGGCUCCUUGACAAACGGCAGCCACAUGGGCAGCCUGGUGAAUGGCAUGCAACAGCUGCAGAAUGGUCACAGUCUGAUCAAUUCAACGACAGCGCCCACAACGCCGUUGCAUAUGCAACAACAACAACAACAACAACAGCAGCAACAACAACAACAAAAUAAUAACGGACACAAUGGUGUUGCCACAAUCGGUGGCAUGUCCGUGGGCAUGAGCCUCAAUACGCAUCUUCACACCAAUGGCAAUACGAAUGGACUCGUCUCUGGCUCCGUCGGAGUUGGCGGCGUCACCGUCGGCCCCAUGGGCGGACCCAUGGGCAUGGCCAUGCAGCAUACACCCCGCAGUGAUUCAGCAAAUUCCAUUUCAUCAGGUCGCGAUGAUCUCUCGCCCUCGAGCAGCCUCAACGGCUACUCCGCCAACGAGGGCUGCGAUGCGAAGAAGAGCAAGAAGGGCCCGGCGCCGCGGCUGCAGGAGGAGCUGUGCCUGGUCUGCGGCGACAGAGCCUCCGGCUAUCAUUACAACGCGCUCACCUGCGAGGGCUGCAAGGGCUUCUUUCGGCGCAGCGUGACCAAAAAUGCGCACUAUUGCUGCAAAUUUGGGCGGGCCUGCGAGAUGGACAUGUACAUGAGGCGCAAGUGCCAGGAGUGCCGGCUGAAGAAGUGCCUGGCCGUCGGCAUGCGGCCGGAGUGCGUUGUGCCGGAGAACCAGUGCGCGAUGAAGCGGCGCGAGAAGAAGGCCCAAAAGGAGAAGGACAAGGUCUCCAGUUCGCCCAGCUCCCAGCACAGCGCUGGCGGUGUCGGCGGUCCACUGCAUGGCACCCAUGACUACGUCAAGAAGGAGAUACUCGACCUCAUGACGUGCGAGGCACCACAGCAUGCCACAAUUCCGCUACUACCUGAUGAUAUUUUGGCCGAGUGUCAAGCGCGCAAUAUACCUCCAUUAACGUUCAAUCAAUUGGCCGUUAUAUAUAAAUUAAUUUGGUAUCAGGAUGGCUACGAGCAGCCAUCCGAAGAGGAUCUCAAGCGUAUUAUGAGUCAACCGGAUGAGAAUGAGAGUCAGACGGAUGUCAGCUUUCGACACAUCACCGAGAUUACCAUACUCACGGUGCAGUUGAUAGUGGAGUUUGCGAAAGGAUUACCAGCGUUUACAAAGAUACCCCAAGAGGAUCAGAUCACGUUACUCAAGGCCUGCUCAUCGGAAGUGAUGAUGUUGCGCAUGGCCCGACGCUACGAUCACAACUCCGACUCGAUAUUCUUUGCGAACAAUCGAUCGUACACACGCGACUCGUACAAGAUGGCCGGAAUGGCGGAUAAUAUUGAGGAUCUGCUGCAUUUCUGCCGUCAAAUGUUCUCAAUGAAGGUGGACAAUGUGGAAUAUGCGCUACUCACUGCCAUUGUGAUCUUCUCGGAUCGGCCGGGCCUGGAGAAGGCCCAGCUGGUUGAGGCGAUACAGAGCUAUUACAUCGACACGCUACGCAUUUAUAUACUCAAUCGCCAUUGCGGCGACUCCAUGAGUCUCGUCUUCUACGCCAAACUGCUCUCCAUACUCACCGAGCUGCGCACGCUGGGCAAUCAGAAUGCCGAGAUGUGUUUCUCGCUCAAGCUCAAGAAUCGCAAGCUGCCCAAGUUUCUUGAAGAGAUCUGGGACGUGCAUGCCAUACCGCCCUCGGUGCAAUCGCAUCUGCAGGCCCAGCAGGAGGAGCAGGAGCGUCGCGCCGAGCGCAUGCGCGGCGCCGUCGGUGGCGCCAUCACGGCUGGCCUCGAUGCCGACUCGGCGUCCACAUCCUCGCAAGCGGCCCUCGCGGCAGCGGCACAACAACAGCAACAGCAUCAACAGCAACAGCACCAACAGCUCCAUGCGCUGCCCGGCCAUACGCUGCCGCCGCCGCCACCGCCAGGCAGCGGCGGCUCCGUCUCGGCCGUAAGCACCAGCAGCGAUUACAUCGGUGGCGGCGGUGCCAUGGGACCCACCACAGCCGCAGCCAGCUCCAGCACCAGCAUCACGGCAGCCGUUCCGGCGAGCUCCACAACAGCUGCUGUGGCCAAUGGCGGCGGCGCCAAUGUCAGCAUGUAUGCCAAUACGCAAACGGCGAUGGCCCUCAUGGGCGUGCCCCUAAAAUCGGAGCACUCGACGACCACCGCAUAGCCCCUGCUGGAAGGCAUGGGUAUGGGCGUCGGUCUGGGCGUGGGCAGUCUACUGUUGGGCGGCGGCAGCAUUAUUGAAUGAAUUUCGGGCGGGGCGUGGCAGCUGUAUACAACAAACACACACACACACACACACACACACAAACACAAACACACACAGACAGACAGACAGACAAGCCUGUACCGUUAGGCGCUUUUAUAAUGGAUUCAACCGAUUUGUAUAUAGCCGGAGAAACUGUAAAAUUUUGCAUAUUCAAAAUAGUUUGCUUUUCUACCCAGCUACAUAAAAAAAAAAACGGCGUGUGGAUUUAAUAAACAAGUGCGUAACGGCACAGUUGCUUGAUCUGAUCUAUAUAUACAUAUACAUAUAUAUAUAUAUAUAUAUAUGUAUUUCAAACAAGAAUAAAAAUCUGAUGUAAAAGAAGAAGAAAGAAAAACAGAGCAAAACAUUUUUGAGUAAGCGUAAAAUGCAGUUAUUUAGUGUUAAGCCUGCAAAUAUUAGACCUAAGGCAUUAUAAAUAUAAACAAAAUUAUUAUAAAACACACACACACACAUACAGACACAUCUAAAAUUAUAUAACAAACAAAUUCUUAACAAAAACAGAGAAUGCUUAAAACAUAAAAUAUAACAAUUUGAAAAUUGAAAAAGAAAGUCAAGCUAAACAAGGGCAUAGAAUUUAUGCAGUUAAAUACAACAACAAAAAAUACCUUAAAAUAUAUAUAAAUAUAUAUAUAUGCUAUAAUUAAUAAAAAUUGUAUUAAAUUUUCUUUUGUUAAUUUCCAGCCCCGAAAAAUCGGACUAAAGCAAAUGAUAAUUUCUGCUAAAUUCAAUGCCUGUCAAACAUGUCAUGCAAAA